AAAGCAGUCCGUAAGGAAACUACACUUUGUCAUGCUAGGGAGCUAACGUCGAUGGAGUCCGAAAAGUUUGAUAUGCAUGUGUAACUGCGAUAUUAACUAAAUCAGGUGAAGAUGGAAGCUGGCGAUUCGCACAAAACCAACACUGAUCCACCAAGCAGGAGGGUAACAAGACAGUCGACAAAAGGAGAUUCUGGCAUUGUGUUGAAACCGAGAGAGCCUUUGAAGAGAAGCCGAAGAGAUGCUGUACAUCCAGUUGGUACUGCGGUCAAUGGAUCCGAGACCCAAGAGAGACUUCCGAGCACUGAUGAUGAUGAUGAGCCACUUAAGAAAAGGCGAAGACUGCAGUCGGCAGAGGACGAAGAUGCUACUGACGGUGACAAUGACAUGGAAUUGGAAGAGGAUGGCGAUGAGUCGGAGUCUGAUGAGGAUAAAGAGACAAGUCCAGGGGUGUUGCAGCACGAUAAACUCAUAAGGGAAUCAUCGGUCCGACUGACCCCGCUGAAGAGUUUCCCCCAAAGCACAGAGAGGGUGUUUCAGUUGGAGCCACUGGAGGAUGGAUCGACGCUGAGAAGUCACAGGCCCAUUCACACGACGAACUCAGAGGUCGAGGCCAUCAAACACAGCACAGGGUCUUCAAAAAGAGGCUCUGGUGCUUCUCUACACAUCCCCACCAAACCCAAGAGAGACAGCAGGACUGAAGGUCAAACGGCACAGAGCAUCCAGCAGAACAUCCAACAGUAUCACCGCAAGCUGCAGGACGGGCUCCCAGCAGAUCAUGUUGACUUUGCAAGAAGAACUCGACGGGGUAUGAGUCACAACCAGACUUCAAACAACAUUGUGCAUAAUAAAGAACUGGCAAAGAAAGCAGAAUUGACCAGAGUGUUGCCUAAAGCUAAACAAAGCCAGGCCAAGACUCCGAGUAAAGGUGGUGCGAGUCGUAUUUACACGAUCAUCCUGUGGCUUUUCCUGCUCUGCGUCUCCAUCUCUGUAGCCGUGCUGGGCUACCAGAGGGUUCCGUGGUCAGCCCUCCUCAGCAAACGAGCUACAUCGCAACCCGCAUCCCCGACCCCCUCGCUGGACGUCUUCUCCGGCCGCAUGGCGGCGCUGGAGCAGCAGUUUCGGAGCCAGCGGGACGAGUUCUGGAGGCGCAGCGGCAUACACCUCCAGCGCCACCUGCAGACGGCCCAACCCUCUGAACCGGUCAGCCUGAUCCUGACCGGGGGCCGCGAGGCGGAGAGGACGCUGAGAUGCCUGGCCGCAGGCCUUGCAUCGGCCUUCUCCAUGGCGGUCAACGGCUCUGUGCUAGAGCUGGACGGAGCGAGUCUGGCUGACAAGGACGGCAAUCAGGUGAAGCUGGAUCUGGACAACCAGCUGAAAGAAGCCUUUGAGGGCGACAAGCCGGCUGCCGUCAUCCACCGUCUGGAAGAGCUGCCGCCGAGCUCCACGCUCAUCUUCUACCGCUACUGCGACCACGAGAACGCCGCCUACAAGGAUCCUCUCCUGGCCUUCACUGUGCUCCUGCCUCAGGACGCUGUGGAUACCGAGGUCAGCCUCCGAGAGGUGGAGGAGAUGGUGCACGACCACAUCCACAAGAAGUUCCUGGUACCCGACCAGCCUGACACCUUCGACAAAAUGGACGUGGACAAGCUGAGUGGGCUGUGGAGCCGCAUCUCUCACCUCAUACUGCCUGUGAAUGUGGAGGAGCACAUCGAGGAAGGCGGCUGUGACACAAACUGAGAGAACCCGAGGAAAAAAAUGAGUGAAGAAUCCCAGUCGACAUGUGCUCAGGAAGCUACUUGCACUGGAGUUACUCCCUAGAAGAUCUGGUCUACAGCUACCCUGUGUGUGUGUGUGUGUGUUUUUUUUUAUGCGUGUUUGAUGAAGAUGAUUUGUAUGAGUGUCCAAGAAUGAUCUCUGAUUGACGACGGGGAAACUACACUGAGCUUUUGGUACCUAACGCUCAGGUUUUUUACAUUCCCAGCUCAAAUACACGUUCUGGGUUUGGUGAGCAAUGAAGUCAUGAUGUGAGAUUUUGAAUUUGCGACAGAUGCAGUGCUGGACUAUGUGAAGAUCAGACUGUAAAAACACAGACCUCCCAUGCAGUUAGACCUCUCGUAUGGUCUCAGUGUGCUCUCAGAAAGAGCUGGUGGCUUUUUUGUGACUGACAGUUUUAAGGCUGCAUAAGGAAUUGAAAGAAAAUAUUUUCUGAUCUUGAAAACUGUGGAAAAAGGACCUUGUGUUUUAAAAUCAGACCCAAAGGUUUUUUUAUUUUCUAAAUUGUUUAUGGAACUUAAUGGACAACAAAAUUAUUUUUGUCUCUGUGUUGCGUAUUUGUGUUUUGAAAUUUCAUGCUUGUAUGUUUCUUGUUCAUGACAUCACUUUUGUAAGGGACUAUACAUAAUGUUCUGAAACAAUACAUUUUCAUAAUUCAUUUGUUAAUAUCAUUCCUCAUUGUAGUCCUCAGAUCAGAGGAGUUCUACUCAUAGUUCAUGUGCAGUUCAUUUAAAGUUGUUGUUUUCUAGCUCUGUGCCAUUCCAGUGAAUCUCCACACAUCCAAUUCCCUUCUCCUGCACUGAUUUCUCCAUGUUUUUUAGUAGGUCAAAAGGCCAGAUAUUUUGGAUGCAUUUAGGUUUGCUUUGCUUUUUUUGUGAAAGAUUUACUUUGUUAAUGCCAUUGAGUUUGUUAAUUAAAAAAUACUGUAUAUUUGUAAAA